GCUCUAUGAUAAUUUGUAUAAAAAAUAGGGUGUACGGCCAAAUUUUUACUUAACAGUAAAAUUUAUAUGAUUAAGUCUUCCAGUGUAUCUAAAAUAUAAUCGCUAUUUUUAUGCCAUUAUAGCGUAAUAUCUUUGUGGGUGCUUCUUUAAUAGCUAAAAUAUCACGUUGAAUGCCACUGUGCACGGCUUUUUCCCUGCAGUUGGAAAACAUCCAACACAAAAUGGAUGAAAACAUUGAUAACAAUGUUGCUGUUUUAGCAAUGUUGGAUAACCAAUAUGGGGCAAGUGCACCUGCACCACAUAAAUCCGCCAUGAAUAUGAUGGAAUAUAGUUUACAAAGUCAUACACAAACAAUAAAUAUUCCAGAAACUGAUAGUACUGAAAACAAUAAACAAAAUAUAAUUUGGACUAAGAAUGCAACAUUAAUGCUUUUAAGUUUUUAUGAAACUAAAAUGCACAUGUUAGAUAAUCCGAAGAAAAAAUCGAAGUUAUGGGCAUCGAUAGCUGAGGAAUUGAAAGCUUUAAAUAUUGAGGUCACGCCAGAUCAAGUCAGAUGGAAAAUCAACGCAUUAACAAAAAAGUAUAAAGAUUGUGUAGACAAUGGUCAAGGAUCUUCAUCAUUUAAAUACUAUAAUGAAAUGCACCAUAUACUUGGUCGAUAUAGUGAUGACACUGGCACUUACAGAUUAGCAUCAGGUGUCAUGCAAAAUUGUGAUAACAGGACUAAGAAAUCUUUGAACAAAACUCCUUUUCGGAAGUUAAGAGCGGAAAGAAGAGCAAAAAUAGAAUUAGACAAACAAUGGAUAGAAUACCUAAAGAGACAAGAUGAACAGAAACAAAUAAGAGAUGAAAGGUAUGAGAGAAGCUUACGUGUUAAAGAAGAGGAAUUACAGCUGAGAAAAAAAGAAUUAGAAUUGAAACAAACUUUGGCUCUGAAGAAACUACAAUUAAAAGAAAGAAAACAAGAAGAGCUGCUUAAAAUUGAAAGAGAGAAAUGUUCUUUAUUAAGAAAAUUACUCGCUGAUCAAUAGCAGUAUCUAGAACCAGAAAGAAAAGCUAAUUUAUACAUAACAAUAAAAUCAUAAUUUACCUGACAUACACAAGGACGAGAUACUAAUGUUAUCAAAUUAACAGUCAAAGAGUUAAUAGUAUAAAUACUGCCUUACUAA